UAAAAUAGCUCGCAACAUGCUUGAGAUAGUGUUGCCAGCAACAUGAAUGUUAUGUCGAAUGUUGUUCGAAAGUGCAGCAUGUCGAAUUCGUAUGCUUGGACACAUGUUGCCAGUGCGUAAGCGAGUCAGCAAUAAAGUUGAGUUCUGCCCGAAUUGGAAUUGAAAUUGAAAUGGAAUCAAGUGGCGGGCGAUAAGAUAAAAACCGAAUGCUUAUCAGACUAAACAGGGGCGGGGGUAAUAUAGUUAUGACACCUGUAUUUAGCUGCUCUCACCUGCGCAGUUAGUCGCCCAUUGACAAUUGCUUCGAAUAGUCGCGCGAAUAUGAAACGAAUUAACUGAAAAGCCAAAAGCAAUUUUAAGCGAAAACGAAUCAUUCAAUCAUUGAAUCAUCGAACUUCGAAUAGUCUAAAAAAAUGGUACAGAACACUCGCAGCUCCGACCUAUCGCAGAUCGCAGUCAACGCCAAUAACAUACCCGAUGACAGCGUGGACUGUGGCAUCGAGGGCUUGGGCUGGUGUCGCGGCCCCGCCUGCCAGAAGUACGCUCGCCUGCGCACCUUCACGAUUGUCCUGCUCUGCUCGGGGCUGCUGCAAGGCGCCUGCGAGCUCUACUUCCGUGUCUCAGCCAAGCAGGCUGCCUUCCAGUACGGCUACAAUCCUCUAAUAAUCGAUUGGCUUCUGGUCAGCAGCGGCCUAUUCCAGGCGGUGUUCGCCUUGGCCUUCGCCUAUUGGGCGGACGUCUAUCAUCCGAUCAAGUGGCUGGUGGGCACUCUGAUGCUGCAGUCGGUGGCCUGUGUGGUUUCAGUGAUACCCUCCAUAAUGAACUUUGCUGACGGAGUCCAGUCGCAGGACGCCUUGGUGGAUGCCAAUCUGUGCUCCACCUCGCUGGCUCAGUUCCAGAAGCUGACGCUGACCGAGGCGCAGAGCAGCACCUUGACGCUGGUGAUGCUGUUCGUGCUGCAGCUGGCCUUGGGCCUGGGCUCGCUGGCCUUCUACACGCUGGGCAUCAGCUACAUCGAUGACAACUCGCUCUCGCAGGACAGUCCGGCUGUGAUUGCCGUCGUGCUGGCUGCCCGGGCCAUCGGCCAGCAGGUGGGCUCGUUCCUGGUGCUGGGCGUGGGGCUGACCAGUGUGGGCUGGUGGCUCGGCUGGGUGGUGCUUGCGCCUUUCAUCUUUGUGGGCGCCGUGCUGCUCGGACUCUUUCCCAAACGGCUGCCCAAGACGGUGAUCCACCAGGCCGCGCAGCGCAUCAUCGAGCAGUCGAACCUGAGAGCCUUCGGCAGCCAGUUCUCGACCUACCUGGACGACUCGGACUUUUGGCCCUCGCUGAAGCGGCUGUUCAACAAUCGCCUGCUCAUGGUCAACCUGCUGAGCGUCAUGUGCCUGCAGAGCGGCGUGCUCAACUACGGCCUGCAGGAGGAGAACUAUCUGCAGAGCCGCUUCUUCCUGCCCUACAACGAGCAGGACGGCCUCACGCAGGAGUGGCGCGCGGCCUUUGUCUCCUACUUCCUGCGGCCGCCGGUUAUGGCUGUGGGCAUGCUCAUCGCCGGGCUGCUCAUCUCGAAGGCGAAGCUCUCCGCGCGCACCAUAACGGGCAUCAACAUCUCGCUGGCGCUGCACCUGGUCGUCAUCUAUGUGAGCUACGUCUUCAUUAGCUGCGAUGUCGGCGCCAUUGCGGGCGUCGUUGGCGGCAAGCUCACGCAGCCGUAUUGCGCCAGCCAGUGCCUCUGCACGCCGACGGCCUUCAUGCCCGUCUGCCCGGAGAACAGCAGCGUCACCUACUUCUCGCCCUGCUAUGCCGGCUGCACCAAGCGCAGCAGCAUCAACAGCUUCGAGCUGUACGAGGGCUGCUCCUGCCAGGGCGAUCAGUCGCUCAACUCGGGCGGCACUUCGCGCGCCACACCUGGCGCCUGCAGCGCCGACACCUGCCAGAAGACCAUCAUCGUGUUCCAAAUAUUGAGCAUAUCGUCCGCCUUCCUGGUGGGCAUGUCUAUCAUCGGCAAGACCUUGAUCACCCUGCGAGCUGUGCUGCCACAGGACAAGGCGCUCGCCCUCGCCUUCGAGCUGAUGAUUGUGGGGCUCUUCGCCUAUGUGCCCGUGCAUCUCAGCUACGACCUGGUCACACGCACCACCUGCGUCUACUGGGCACCCAACUACGAGCGCUGUCUGCUGCGCGAGACCCCCAAGCACGGCAAUAUUUUGGACAUUUUGACUGCCUCAUUGAUUUUUGCCAGCGUGCUCUUCGACGUAUUGGUCUAUAUCUUUGCGAAGGGCCUGAAUCUGUACAACUGCAAGGUGACGGACAACAACUAUACGCCUUCGCUGUAUGCGCCAGUGCCGCACGAGGAUUCGGCUGCGGGGCGUGGCGGCAGUCCGACAAUGACGACGACAACCGUUGCCUCUGGCUCGCCCAUGCAACGACGCGAUGCACCACAGGAGGAGGCAGCUGUAGAACCACGUCGCUUGGAAGCCAGCGUCUACAGGCAACCCAGUUCGCUGACCGACUCAUCGGGCACCCAGAGCAUUGUUGAGCCGAAUGGCAACGGCGUGACCUACGCCCAGGUCGUCUUUCCGCCGGAUAAGCGCAAGCGAGAGGACGGCACCACGAGUCCCAAGCGCCUGGCUGUGCCAGCAAACGUGCCACUCCAUCAUCUCUCCGAGACGGAUGUGCGCACGCAGCUGGGCACACUCAAAUCCUUCAAUCCAGCCCAGUCAGCGGCGCACGAUACGGACGUGAUUGAAGAGCAGCCGUUGCCGGGCUACCAAGAAACAGUUGCUCCAACUGCCAGACCCCAGAGCCCAGAGACCGACUUCUAAGCUGGACGAUCAAAUAUUUACCUUUUCGAUUUCUAGCAACUAGUAUUUUUCAUGAGUUCUUCUCGCUUUUACUGUGUUUUUAUCAUUUACAUUUAAUUAUUUAUAGCAUUAAUCUAUAUAUA